CUGAAAAGCAUGAUGACGAACAGAUCAGCAAUUUGUGAUGAAAACUUUUGAAAGAGUAAUAUGUCCUUGCUGUUUGAAAAUCUGCAAAGAGUAGUUUCCCUUGAUACAUGCCUGUUGAAAUCCCAAAUUAACCUCCUGCGUAAGUUGUUUGGAGUUGAAUCUUAUGACGUGUCCGUAACCUGUGUUAAUAACAGAGAAAUAACCAGCAUAAACACUCAAUACAGAGGAAAGCCACAACCAACUGACGUUUUAGCAUUUCCAUUUUACGAAGAUCUUGUGCCUGGAAAAUUGCCCCCCACACCAAUUCAUGGUGUGUUAGACUUGGGAGAUAUAUAUCUGGGAAUUCCGUACAUUAACAGACAGUGUCGUCAUAACAACCAGAAGAUACAGGAAAUUUUACCUGUCAUGAUAACACAUGGUAUCUGUCAUCUGAUUGGCUAUGAUCAUGAAACCGAGGAACAGUUUGAGCAAAUGUUUGAAAAAGAGUCGUUGAUCUUGAAAGAAUUUAACAAAUUAACUGGAUGCAGUUGUGUUCCUUUACUUCAUGUUGGGCAUUAAUUGAUCAAAGUUACUUUUUAGAUUUUUGGGGGGCUAGGAAAAAAAAAUUGUGGA